GACAAUAUAUUGUUUUGAGAAAACAACAAUUUUAUCUUGUCAAAUUGAGAGAUAAGUAAUGAUUAUUGCUAAAGAGGAUGUUGGCUCUUUUGAUAUGAUGGACAACAAUCAAUACAUGAGAUCUGUUGUGUCUCCUAAAAUGAUAGCCUUAUAUUUUAAGAGUGUAAAACUUUGAACAACUUUAGAAUAGCAGUUAUGAAAUCUCAUCAGUACCUAACCAUGUCUGAUAUGUCGUGGUACUUAAGUGUAGGUCUGGUGUCGGCAAUACUUGCUGCUGCAAGCAGUGAAUUUGUGGAUCUACCAGUACUGGUCACAAAAAAAGGACCCAUCAUUGGUUUACGUGUAGACCCCAAUCCUGCCACAAAUAUAUCCUAUGACGCUUACAUUGGGAUUCCAUUUGGACAAAUACCAGGACGAUUUCAGGUGGCUUUACCAAGGGCACCUUGGACAGACCCUCGCUACACACAAAAAGAUGGACCAGCCUGUCCACAAUCAAGCAUGGCGUAUGAUGAAGACUGUUUGUACUUAAAUGUGUUCACACCAAUGAAUGCAUCUGCUACUCACGGAAUUUUACCUGUAAUGGUGUUCAUUCAUGGAAGUGGCUUUCUCAGUAGCUCUAGUAAUUCACAUUGGAUUGGACCAGACUUCUUGAUACCUGAACAUGUCAUUCUAGUUGCUAUGAACUAUCGUCUAGGAGCACCAGGUUUCCUCACUUUGGGUUCUAAGAUAGCACCUGGCAACUUGGGUUUGCAUGAUACAAGAUUAGCUCUGGAAUGGGUCAGAGACGAGAUCUCAGUAUUUGGAGGAGAUCCUACACAAGUGACUCUGUUUGGUCAGAGUGCUGGUUCAGCUAUGACUCAAUUUCACUACAUCUCAUCUCUAUCCUCAGAUCUGUUCCAAAGAGCUAUUGGACAUAGUGGAUCUGCGUUGGCAGGCUGGAGCUCUUACUCACUUUCUGAGGGCGUGCACAGAGCCAGGCUUCUUGCUGAAAGUCUAAAAUGCAACAUGACGCAGAACGACACAAUGCUUCUGGAUUGUAUGCAGAAAGCUGACAUCAAAGAUGUCAUCUCUAAUCAAUAUGUACAACUGUCGUAUGAUGAUUAUACUGUAGGGAGCAGCUUUUCCAUUUCUGCCUGUGCUUGAUACAUUUGAGACAUCGGACACACCAUUCUUUAAUGAUACAUCCAUAGACAACAUGAUGCAGCAAGCUCUCUUGCGGGCCAAACCACUCAUCACAGGGUUCACAACUGAUGAGGGGAUUCUUAAGUUCAUGGAUAAGGGGUGGCAAAUGGCUGAAGGCAACUUAGGAGCUUUUAUCCCUCCAAAGAUCAGAGAUAGCGUCAGUAAAGCUGAGAGAUCGAGUCUUGCCGAUACUAUCAAGAGUCGGUACUACCCUGACUCUGUUGAUGAG